UUGGGGAGGUGAAAACACUCAGUCGAGAAAGAAUCCCCCAGGAGGACAACGUCAUACAAUUAGUGAAGGAGAUUCGUUAUAGAGUAACACAGGGAGUAAAGGAGACUUCCUAAGAGUAACACACGGAGUAACGGAGACUUAGUGAUACAGUAACACAGGAGGUAAAGACUUGAUAUAAUAAGAUAGCGAGUAACUGGGACUUCAUAACAGAGUAACACAAGUAGUAACACCGAAUUUAUAACAGAGUAACCAACACACGGAGUAAAGUAACGGAGAAUCCAAAACUGAGUAACACACGGAGUAACGGGGCCUUCAUAACAGGGUGUUGGUGCUGGAAAGUCCUCAACGGUGAGGUCCCGAAGUGGCCCUUGCUUGCGGGCGAUUAAUGCAGACGCUGUUGCAUUUCUUUCCGAAGGGAGGGGAGGACGGCAAGAUGGCGACGGUGCCGAAGGGAAGGCUCAGAAAGUUCACGUCGGCGAGGACCAGACUCUUCCUGCGCAAGGCGGUGAAGGUGGCCGUUCUGACGCUGGCGGUGGUGUUGUUCUACAGGUGGAACCAGAGGAGGAGGUCCGCCCUUGACGUGGUUGCCAGCGAGGGGGGAAUGUCGAACCCCGAGCGCCAGGUGGAGGGCCUCAGGGUGCUGGAGGUGAGACGGAUCGAGGACGAGGACCCGGUGUCAGUGUACGACCAGAUAAUGGAUCCUCUUCCUCGGGAGGGAAUUCGAACGGGGGAGGCGGAUAAGGCAGCGAGCGAGGCCAAGGCUGCCUCGAACCCUGACGAGGCGCCGAUCUCCGAGGCAGCACUGACCUUGGACGAGAAGUCGGGAGAAAACGGAGAGAUAACCGACACGAAGAACAAAAAAGAAUCCGAUGAUUUAUGGGAUGCGGAGACUAGUGAUAACAAGAAAGAAAUGAAGGAAGAAAGCGACGACGAUGCUGCCAAAGAGUCGAAUCCUCCAGAGGAAAACAUAGUACCGAACGCCAUCGCCGAAACGGAGGAGGAAGAAACCGAAAAGAAAACCACUUUAAGCGUCGAAGGAAAGGACAACACCACGAAGAACACGGAAAAACCUCCCCAAGAACCGCAGAGAAACGCCAGCUCCGCCUCGGAUGCCCUCCGCGCCUUCGAAAAGGGGCAUUCCGAAACCCGCGAAGCUUCGAAUGAACCCGCGAAUGAGUCCUUGGCCGUCGACGCCAUCGAGGGUACGAUCGGGAAGCUAAAGGAUGCCAUUGGAGGAAUCAAGAUGAAGUUGGACGAGAUAAAACCGCCUUCCAAGCUCUAUUACCGGGGCUAUGAGAACCAUCCCCAGUCGCCGGCGAUGAUGGUUCCCGGUUCGCCGUCGACCGUGAGAGAACCAGGAACUCUGAGGCGAGAACCGGCUGGCGGAUUUGGAGACAUAACGGGGCGAUUUGCCGGGGCGAAAGACGAGCUGAUUUUCGGACGCCGGGAGCCGAGGGACGAGAAGCGAGACGGAACUCAAAACAACCAGGAACCUUUUGAUCUGCAACAAAGACUAGUGAGUCCUUGGGGAUGGGCGUGCGUGGGCGGGAAGUGCGUGAAACAAGAGAAGGGCGGUGGGCGUGAUCUUUCGACUCUCAACGUCUGCAGACUCACCUGUGGUCCGCAUGGCUCACUCUGGCCGCGUCCCACAGGUGUUACGAGGAUAGGGGAGAGCACCAGAAGCUUCCUUUUUAAGAAUUUGACUCUGGAAGGUAUCAGAACACACGGCGACGGUGAAAGCCUGGUACAAAAAGCCUUCGACAUCUUUGUGAACAACUUGGCGAAAGAACACGACAACGAAGAGGCAACGGGUCACGUUCCCCCAGAGGUAUUUGAACAGAAGGUAAGAGUGAGCAUCGUCGUGAGCGGCUCCGACACGAGACUCGCCCUUGAGACUCCUGAGGCCUACACCCUCGAUGUCGUUACGCAAGAACAAGUCACCAAGGUCAACGUCUUUGCGCUGAGCGUCUUCGGUGCUCGCCAUGGGCUUGAGACGCUCUCGCAGCUCAUUACUUUUGACGAGGAAGAGGGAGCCUUUCGCAUUGUAUCGUCCGUGACUCUGUCUGACGCGCCAGCCUUCAAGUACCGCGGGAUCCUCCUGGACACCUCGAGGAACUUCUUCAGCGCGAAGAGCAUCGAGCGGACGCUGGACGCCAUGGCGGCCAACAAGCUCAACACCUUCCACUGGCACAUCACCGACUCCCAGUCCUUCCCGCUCUACCUCGAGUCGCUCCCAAAGAUGGCCGCCUACGGCGCCUACAGCCCUCAGCAGGUUUACUACCCAGCAGACGUCCGCCACCUGGUAGAGUACGGCAGAGUCCGGGGCAUCCGCGUCCUGCCGGAGUUCGACGUCCCCGCCCACGUCGGCAACGGGUGGCAAUGGACGGAGAAGCAAGGACUGGGCAAGCUCGUUAUCUGCCUGAAUAAGGAACCCUGGCAUUCUUAUUGCGCAGAGCCUCCUUGUGGCCAGCUCAACGUUGCCAACAACAACACGUACCACGUCUUGAGCAAGAUCUACGAGGAGAUGGUCUCUCUCUUCGGGCCUCUGGACUUUUUCCACUUUGGAGGAGACGAGGUGAACCUCAAGUGCUGGAACACGACGGAGGAGAUCGUGAAGCACAUGGAGGAGCAGGGUCGAGGCCGCGACGCCGACGCCUACUACAAGCUGUGGGGCGACUUCCAGGCGAGGGCGUACGGGCUCCUGACGGCGGCCAACAAAGGGGAGAAGAUCCCGGGCAUCCUGUGGACGUCCGAACUGACGCUCAACCGACGCGCGGCGAAAUACCUCGACCGCGACCAUUACGUCAUCCAGAUCUGGACGACCAAGGACGACGCGGUUAUCAGGGAGCUGCUCGAGGCCAAAUUCCGCGUCAUCUUCACCAACUACGACCACUGGUACCUGGACUGCGGCUUCGGCGGCUGGGUCAACGAGGGCAACAACUGGUGCAGCCCCUACAAGGGAUGGCAGACGGUCUACGACAACAGCCCCCUCGACAUCGCCACGGACCUGACCGGCUCCAGCCACAGCGGCCUCGUCCUGGGCGGCGAGGCGGCGCUGUGGGGCGAGCAGGUCGACGACAUGACGCUCGACUCGAGGCUGUGGCCGCGCGGAGCCGCCCUCGCCGAGCGCCUGUGGACCAACCCGAGCCACAAGUGGGCCCCGGCUGCCCCUCGCCUCCUGCACCACCGUCAGCGUAUGGUAGCGAGGGGCAUCAGGGCAGAUCGCGUCCAGCCCGAGUGGUGCAAUCAGAACGAGGGUCACUGUUAUUAAGGGAAUUUAGGGGGAGAGUUUGAGAAGGAAAGAAAGAAGAGGCGGGGAAGGAAGAGGGGGAAAUAGAUGGAGGGAGAAUGAAGGGAAAAGAAGAAGAGGCGGGGGAGGAGUGAGGAAGAAAGGGAAAGAUGAAAUAAUGUUGGAUAAGAAGUAAAGAAAAGGGGGAAGACAAAACACAAAUCAUGGUAUAUAAUUGCAUUGUUCAGAACUAUAUAUCAAUAGAUCGCUCAUAUCCCAUACGACUAAGAAAAUUAUUAUAAUUUCAUUUUUAAUGAAAUCAAUAAAUACACACAUUCAUAAAAAUACGUUUCUGAACUAACACAUUUCACAAGAAGCAACAACAUCAAUACAUUACUUCAAUAGACAUAAAAAAAUUCAAUUAUAACAACCCAUUAACAAUAAUAACAGUCAAUUAAAGACAGAACAGCGUUUUAACUGUGGUUUGUUUUUUUCUUAAUGCUAAGAUAGUUGAAACAAUCAUUAAUUUCUUUACUGCUAUUUUCUAUUUUCUGUGGUUUGUUUGUCCUAUAUUUAUCUAUUUGUUUGUUUUUUAAGAUUUUUUUUCUCAACCUUAUUGAAUAAUAAAAACGAUAAACAACGAAAAAAAAUCCGUUUCUCUGUUUGUAGGUAAUAAAAAGAUAUCCCAUUUAAUGAGAAGAUUAACGGUUCUGUGUAAUUAUUCUGUGUAAAUGUGCAAAAGUCAUCAUCAUUAUCAUUAGUGGUUUUUAUUAAUUGUUGAUAUGGUAAUUACUACUAUGAUUGUUACUGCAGAUGUUAUUACUAUAAAUGCUCAUAAACGGUAGCAAUAAAGCAAGAAUCCAAUACGGU